CCUGUAUGUGCGUCUGGCUGCUGCAGCUCAAUCUCUGUAUACAUCCAUGCUGUCUGUCAAAAAACGGUAGAUUUAUUUAUUGACUUACAAUGAAGAUCGUUACCUGGAACAUAAAUGGCAUAAGGACUUUCAGAGGAGGCAUUAAAAAGGCUCUUGAUUCUCUGGACGCGGAUAUAGUCUGUGUUCAAGAGACAAAAGUGACAAGAGACUUGCUUGAUGAAAGGACUGCCAUUGUUGACGGAUACAACUCUUAUUUCAGCUUCAGUCGAGGACGCAGCGGCUAUUCAGGGGUUGCCACUUACUGUAAAGACAGUGCCACCCCAUGUGCUGCUGAAGAGGGUCUCACCGGUCUGCUGACCCAUCAUGAAGGAGCUGUUGGAUGUUAUGGAGACCAGUCUGAGUUCUGCAGCGAGGAACUGCAGCUUCUGGACAAUGAAGGACGAACCGUUAUCACACAGCACAGAGUCAUGUGUCAGGACAAAGAACAAACUGUAACUGUGAUCAACGUGUACUGUCCGCGGGCCGACCCUGAGAAGCCGGAGCGAAAGCAGUUCAAGCUUCAGUUCUACAAACUGCUUCAGAGUCGGGCUGAAGCUAUACUGAAAGAUGGCAGCCACGUGAUUGUUUUAGGAGAUGUAAACACGUCUCACCGGCAAAUAGACCACUGUGACCCCAGCGAUAUUGAGGAUUUUGUUGAAAACCCUGGGAGGAAAUGGCUGAAUGGCUUCUUGCACAGUGGCAGACAAACAGAGGAAACGAAUGAGGAGGAACCCAACGAAGAACCUGAGGUAACUUCCUCAGAUCCCGUCCACGGUGGGAAAUUUGUGGAUACAUUUCGCCACUUCCAUCCGACUCGCACCAGCGCCUUCACGUGCUGGUCCACCAUGACUGGAGCGCGGCAGACCAACUACGGCACGCGCAUUGACUACAUCUUCGCCGACUGCCAGCUGGCCAAAGAGCAGUUUGUGGCGGCGGACAUCAUGCCGGAGGUGGAGGGGUCGGACCACUGCCCUGUGUGGGGGAAGCUGAGCUGCUCCCUGCUGCCCAGCUCCAAGCCCCCCCCCUUCUGUACAUGCUACCUGCCAGAGUUUGCAGGCAAGCAGCAGAAACUGUCCCGCUUCUUUGUUAAAGUGGACCAGAAAUCGAUUCAGUCCGAGCACAGGGAGGCAUUACCUGGAUCUCAGGAAGAGGAGGAAAGAAGGGAGAAUUUAAAGCCAUCCGGAGCUGGAAACGCCUCUGGUAAAAAACGGUUAUUAACAUCAGACUCUGUUGUCCCAAAGGGGAAAAAGGCUAAGACUUGUCCAAAGCCACAGGGCAGCCUCCUCUCCUUUUUCAAACCCAAACUUCCAACGGCUGCUCCCUCUACCGAAGCCCCUGAAAAGAAAACACUCGGCACGGACAAAGUAACCUCUUCGCAAAACUCCCAAAAAGCGUGCACAACCAGCAAAGACACAUCCUCAGUCACAAGCAGCGAAACUGUCCCUGAGCUCCUCGAUGAUGCUUCACCAAAGCUCUGCACCUCAAUGGAAAGUGACAAACCGAUGAAUCUAAAACAUUUAACCCCAGCGCCCAAUGUGGGACAGUCCGGUGCCAAAAAAGGGGCUUCGUUGGGGUUCUGGAAGUCCGUGCUUCAUGGUCCACCUCCACCGCCCUCCUGUAAGGUUCAUAGGGAACCCUGUGUGCUGCGUACGGUGAAGAAGGAGGGGCCGAACAUGGGGAAACAGUUCUUUGUUUGCGCCCGUCCUCAGGGACACGCGUCCAACCCCGAGGCUCGGUGUAGUUUCUUUGCGUGGGUGGAGAAGGGAAAGUAAAAAUGUUACUGUGCGGACCGCAAGGUGUUUCUCCCAGCUAGCUUCACCAAGUACUGUAAUAAAACCACUCAAAUGUCUCAGCAUUUCACACAUUUAAAUUGUUGACGGUAUAUUUCUAUGUUUUUUUUAUUAUAAUAGUAUUAAAAGAUUGUUGUUUUUUUCUAUUAAAUGUAAUUAGUUACAUUUGUUUUUGGAGCUGAAACAAUUAGGCAAAUAAUACAUUAAUUGUCUAUUAACAGAAAAUGUGUCUGCAACAAAUGUAAUAAUAAUUUUUCAAUAAAAAUAAAAUCUUGUUCCAGCUUCUGAAAUGUGA